AUGUCAAGUAAGGGCAGAAAAAAACGAAAUACUCGGAGGCAAAGGUAUGAGGAUAACGGUGAGGACGACACCCAAAGUGAACUCAACCACGUUUCAGAAAGGGACUCUAGAAAGACUAAAGAUGAGUCACGAGGUUUUGCAUUGGGACAUACGAACCGAGAAAAUGAUGCAGCUAUGUAUACUCCUACUCCGAUGGUCAAUAUCACUUUACCAACUCCAGAAACGUUCUCUUUAACUCCGAAUGAGUGGCAUUCCUGGAGGAAUCGCUUUCAAAGGUACAGACGGGGUUGCGGUCUGGAUAGCACUUCCGACGCUCGGCAAAUCGAUGUACUUUUGUUUGUAAUGGGUAGUAGAAGUGAAGAUAUUUUCGAUUCGUUUUCACCAAAACCUAAUACUUAUGACGAGGCUCUUAGGGCCUUUGAUGAAUACUUUGUGCCAAGACGGAAUAUAAUUUAUGAGAGAUCAAAAUUUUUGAGACACAAGCAAGGGAGUGAUCCAUCUGAAAAAUUUAUAACAGAUUUGCAUGGCCUUGCGAAAACGUGUGCAUGGGGUGAACUAAAUGAUGAGAUGAUGCUUCUCGUCCUCAUUAUUGGUAUGCAAGAUGAGGGUCUGAGUGAUAGACUCCAGCUGGAAUCUCAAUUGACUCUGGAGAAAGCAAUUAAUACCUUGCGCCAACAUGAGGAGCUAGAACGCCAAAAACGUGAACUUGCCAAUACUAAUGUUUUUUUGGUAAAUAAAACGUCAGUUCAAAACGGUAAACCGAAUCGGACAGAAGGAGUUUGUGACCAGAAAUACAUCGAGGAUGCAGAAAAUACAAAGAAGUGCAGGAAAUGUGGUUAUGAUUGGCACGGAUCACUGGCCGAAUGUCCUGCUAGGAAAGCCAAAUGUGACAAAUGUUCCGAGAUUGGACAUUUUUUUCGAUGCUGUCCCUACCGCGAAAAGUGGAUGAGAAAAAACAAAAAUGUUGUUAAAGAAAUCGAACAGCAAGUUUCAGACUGUGGAGAUCUACAGGUUCCUGAGAUUUUCAUCGGGAAUAUAGAAAACAAUGACAGAGCCUGGGCCCAGGAGGUAAAAGCAAGCUGUGGAAACCAAGUGUUAGGGCUUAUAAAAUUUAAACUUGACACAGCCGCUGAUGUAACCAUGAUUCCAGUAGGAGUUCUUGGUGAUUUUAUUAAGACUCUGCCUCUAGGAAAAUGCAAAUCCCCUGUGUACAGUGCAAAGAAGAAAGAACGAAUCAAUAUUUUGGGAACUUUAAGGCUGAAGCUUGAACAUAAGGGUGUAUCAAUUUAUGAUCAUGCGUAUAUUUCUGAGGAGAUCACUGUUCCACUUCUUAGCAGACGUUCCUGUGAAGAGCUGAAACUGGUGAAGAGGAUCUUUUCUGUAGAUUCAUCAGAUAUUGACUGGGUUACUGAGUACCCUAAUUUAUUUCAAGGAUUGGGAAAUAUGAAAGGAGAGUACAAGAUAGAAAUGAAGGAGAAUGCAGUUCCUUAUGCUAUAUCUACCCCCAGGGUUGUACCAAUACCUUUAAAAAGCAAGGUGAAAGAGCAGUUAGAGAAUAUGCUUGAAAAAGGAGUGAUUGUCCCAGUUGAACACGCGACUGAUUGGUGCGCACCAAUGGUAGUUUGCGCAAAAAAGAGAGGUGGGGUUACGAUCUGCGUGGACCUAUCCAAACUCAACAACAGUGUGAAACGUCGGUUUUAUCCUAUUCCAAAGAUUGAACUUUCAUUGUCCCAGAUCGCGGGAGCCAAGUACUUCAGCAAGAUUGAUGCGAAUUCCGGUUUCUGGCAACUGAACCUUGCAGAGGAGUCUCAAGAUUACACAACAUUUAUCACCCCUUUCGGGAGGUAUAAAUUCUGUAAGGUACCUUUUGGAAUUACAUCUGCUCAUGAAGAGUUUCAGCGCCGUAUGUCAAAAGCUUUAGAAGGGGCAAAGAACUGUUUAGUGCACAUUGAUGACUGUUUGAUAUGGGGAAGAACGAAAGAGGAACACGACGAGUGUCUUAGAGCCGUUCUAGAGAGAGUGCAAGCUAAUGGAAUCACUUUGAAUAAGCAGAAGUCUGAGUUCUGCAAGAAGACUGUGACAUUUUUGGGGUUUGUGCUGUCUAAGGAAGGAAUCAAGCCUGAUCCAAGCAAGGUACAAGCAGUUGUGGGCUUACCAGCCUCAAAACUUAUGUUUGGAGGGAAAAUAAGAGACAAUCUUCCAUCUACUUUGGUUGGAAAUCCUGUGGAAAAUAAAGACUUUUUUGAGAGGGAGAAUAAGUACCAGUCGAAGUAUAAGAUGCAAUUUGAUAAACGACAUGGAACGAGGGGUUUAAGUGAAUUAGAAGAGGGAAGCAUGGUAUGGAUCACAGAUCUACGUAGACAUGGUAAAGUAGUCAGGAAAUUGAACGAACCACGUUCCUACCUUGUGGACAUUGACAAGAAAACCAUUCGACGAAACCAGAAGUUCUUAGUUCCUGCACCAUACUACGGAGAAGAUUGCAUUCUUUCAAACUGUUCAUCUACGGUCCUUAAUUGUCCAUCUAACUCACGUGAUCGUCCAGACGCUGGCACAGUUACCCAUUACGGAAGGUCCAUCAAGAUACCGAGGCGGUACCGAGCUUCAUGA